AUGAUUCCAUUUCUAAAACAUGUUGUUUUUGGGACCCCUUAUCAGCAGUAUGGUCAAAUUGAAGACCCUCAGGCAUUUCAUAAUGACCCUCUGGCGUGGUCGAGGCCACUGGUUAAGCAUUACUGGGGCGAAUUCUCCAUGGCUGCAGUUCAGGCAAAUGUGGAUAUGGAAGAUAAGUGCCAAGUUGAAGUUGGCAUUGAUUCAAUCUUUGUUGGAGUUUAUGAUGGCCAGAAAGGCGACACCGUUUCCAUCUUGCUUAGAAAUCAUAUCUUCCGUCAAAUUAUCGUGCUUAUUCAGGAGAAUAAUAACAAUAUGAAUAAGAAUAUUCUGGAGCGAGCUGUUGCCCGAAUUGAGAUAGCUUUUAUGAGAGGGACGUUAUAUGCCGCCAAUGUUGGAAACUCGCGUGCUGUACUCGGUUCUAUGACGGAUGUUGGUAAUCUUAAAAGAUUGGUCGUUAAACAGUUGGUUAGAGAUCACAAUUUAUAUGAUGGAAAUAUUCAAAAACAAGUUAGAAACUUGCAGCCGGAUACUAAUGAUGAUUAUAAUGACAAGUAUGUCUCCAUGUUAUUCAUUAGAGACAGAGGUUUAAUCGAUACAACUAGAUGCAUAGGAUAUUCAUAUUUGAAGGAGGAGAUCAGUGAAGGCGUCGAAAUCCCAAGUUGGGAAAGAAUGUGA